AUGUGGACCAACUCUCUGGCAUCAUGUACGAGCCCUCAAGGACAUCCCGCGGCUGAUGGAAACGCCCCUCCUAGGGCAUUGUUCACGGGUAGCCGUGUUGACAGCAGCGCGUCCCUGGAGCCCCUACUCAAACAGCAGUUCGGCGGGACCACCAGCUGGCUUCGGCUCUUCCCACAGAAAGUCCGCGCUCGGGGAUUCCCCAAGGUCACUUCUCUAAUGUCACCAGUCAGCGAAACCAAGCGUGAUUUGGUCCGCGGCGGGUUCCAGCCGCGCCUUCCGACUUCGCUGCCGCCCCCAGGGCAGCAGCAGCAGCCGUCGCCGCUACCACGCCGACAGCCCGUCCCGUUGAUGCCUCCCGCGCAGCUUCUUCCGGGAGCGCCCCAGGUGGCCGCUCCGGCGCCUGCGGUCCCUCUUCAGUCGCCACCGCCUUCGGAGCUGAUGGACGUCGACCCCUCAGCCGGGCCGCCUUCCCAAGCGGUGGCUGUGCAGCCUGUCCUGCAGCCGCUUUCCUUGGGCACCCCCAAGGAGUCUGACACCGCAGCGCCUUGUCCGGCGCCCACUCAGCAGCCGUCGACGCAGCGUCAGGAGACGCUGCCUCUCUUCGUGGGUCCCGACGCCCCGUUCCGUCCAUCGCGCCAUCAGCGGGUACAGGUGACUGAAAACGCAGAUGGUACCAGCGGCCUGCCCGUGGCCGCGCCGCCCCGUCUCACGCAACUGGUCCGCGCAGAGGAGGUGCGGCGCUGGCUGGCUUGGGCCCUGCAACGGUUUCCAUUAGCCGGCCGGCGGAACCGACCCCCCAUUCUCGCGAUUAGCUCUGUAAUUGGCUUUAGCUCGCCCGGCGGUUUCAGUUUCUCAGGCGCGCCGCGCGAGACGCUAGCCCGGCUAAUUGUCUUCCGCUUCCCUACGUGCCUGCUUCCUUCUUAG